GGGAGUGCCAUAGCAGAAAUCAUCUCUUUCAGUUCAGCAGCUUAUUUGGAGUGUUGCAGCCAUGUCUGUACCAGCUAUGGAUUCGUUUAAGACUAUCCUAAAAUUCCUUACCAAUCAGAAGACCACUAUUGGUUACAGCUUCAUGGCUAUUUUGACAAUAGGUAGUGAACGAAUUUUCUCCAUGGUGUCUUUCCAGUGUCCGUGCAACCGUAGACAGAAUUUUGCAUAUGGAUUAACUUUUCUGAUCGGCCCUGCUGUUGUCUUGCUGGCGAUUGGACUCUUUGUUAGUACACGUCUUUGGCGGUUAUAUACUGGGUGUUGUCUCAACCCUCUCAAACUCUGCCCCAGGGGUAACUUUAUGGGAUGUUUGCAGGUGUUUGUAAAAGUGCUAUCUGGAGCCUGCAUUGCCCCUGUCAUGUGGCUUAGUGUAGCACUGUUAAAUGGAACUUUUUAUGAGUGUGCUGUUAGUGGCCUGGAUGAAAAUGUGGUGGUGCAAAUUUUCUGCAAAAACAAGACACGUACAUGCCAGGACGAGCUCCCCAGAGUGCCCUGCAGCAAGUCCCAGCUGCCUCCGAAUGAAAAUAUGGAACUGCUGUUGAUGUUACGAGCCCAGUCACAGAUCCUCGGCUGGUCCAUCAUUAUCAUAUCGGCAACAGUAGCCCUAAUUGGAACUUGCUUUAAGAACUGUCGCUCUCAAGUAAGCUACCUUCAGUUAACUUUCCAGAAGAUCUACAUGGAGAAGGAAAAGGAAAAGUUUGAGAUGUUUGCAGAUGAUUAUGCCACCAAACUGGCAGAGAGAAACCUCAAGAGUUUCUUUGACAACAAAAGUCCCGAACCAUUUCCCUUUCCAAAUCACAAGGCCUGGGAGGAGAUCUCUACUAUAUACACUUUUAAGCAAAGUGAACAGUACUACAGCACACUGCAGAGAUAUGUGGAGCGUGCAGAUCGGGACUACAGCCCUGAGAAGCGUCCUGUUCUAGAGGGGCAAGAUGGCAUAGAGAUGACAUAGAACACUGCAUGGACUGGUAAUUAGAAAAAGUAGAGCUCAGAAUAUGGCCUUGAAGACAAAAAGCCACUGUGAAUCAAGACGGAAUUAUUAUUAUUAUUAUUUUUUUUGUAGCUACAACCUGUACUGAAAGUGUUGUAAUGACAGUUUUUGGGAAUUUUGUUUUGUCUAUCGAGGAAGUGGUUGUGGCACUAUUUAACCUGCAAAUACUUUGUUCAGUUUUAUACUUCUGUAUCAGUGAACCAACACAGAUCUCAGGCCCUAAAUUUGCAUACUGCUUGAAUGUUGCAUUUCAGGUUUUACAAAGUCAAAAAAGGAAGAAAAAACACUUCUCAGGGCAUUUGUCAUGUAGGCCUUGUGCACUCUUUGAAUCUGUAUAGCUCUCUUAUUCCUCUCUAUAUUUUAAAAUCUUUUUCACCAUAUCCUUAUAAAACAGGUAGUGUGUUUGAUGCACGUUUAUGCAUGAUAACCUCAAAAGAUUUUGGUACUGAUAAGUAACUGUCCAACACUGAUUCAAAUCUACAAUAAGGUCGCAUUGCACUUAUGUUAACCAACAAAAUAUAAAACAUAUAAACCGCAAUGCUUAUUUCCUUUGCUGGUUUUAAGCAGAUUUGACAAACAGGAUUGGUUGCGGGUUCGAGUCUCGUACCGGCAGGGUUUGUAAGU